AUGUCAUCUUCAUCCGGUUCCCCAAAGCAACAGUUUCAGCCUCAGUUGCAUAACUUCCUUCAGCAUGCAUCGCGCCUCGUUGAUGUAUCAGAUGGGGACGGUUCUGAUGAAGAACUCCAUCGCAAUCUGCCUGUCACUACUGGAAAUCUCAAUAAAUGGACCAACAUGCUACAUGGUUGGCAAGAACGAUAUUUCGUUCUCAAGAACGGAGUUUUAAGUUACUUUAAAAGUGCUGAUGAUAUUGCUGAGGGCUGUCGCGGAGCUAUUAGGUUAAAAAAUGCUCAGGUCCAGCCGCAUCCUUACGAUGAUUGCCGAAUCGACGUGAGCUUAGGAGAUUCUACCUGGUACUUCAGAUGUCCUUCUCCUCAAUCGCGACGCCAUUGGGUGGAUUGUAUUGAGAAACACCGCUUGGCGGAGUCUGGCUACAGCUCAGAACAAGCACUCACAACCCAGAGUUCUCUUCUUUCUCUCAAUUCAAUCACCUCGGCGUCAAAUUUACGCUGUCAAAGUCUCCUUGAUAAGGUAGCAGAAAUCGAGAGCUUCAGAACUGUCUUAAAUCAACAAGCUGAGAAGUUGCAGAUUUAUUUAGAGACUUGCCAUCGCAUUACCCAACAAGCAGAGGAUGCUGGAGGCUGCGAACAACUUCUUGAUCGCGAGAUGUUUGAAGAAACCCUCUUCCAAUUGCAUCGAAAGCUAUCGGGUCUUCGUAAAUCACCACGGCUCUCCUUGGAAAAGACACCACAACAAAGCUUCGCUGAGCCGCCUCCAGUCGAUUGCUACGAUGAAAAAGACUCUUUGUCUUCGGAUGGGAGUUCGGGAGGAUUGGUGAUGACCGCACCAUGUGCAAAAGACCCUAUGUGGGUACGAGACUGGAGCGGCGCCAAUAUCACCCAGGUGAUCACAUCCGAAUCAGCGCCCAAUCUCCUCUUUAACAACCAGUCACUUCCCACCACUCCACCUCCCAACGACCCUUCGUUGCCUUCACUGGAGUCUGGUGAUGAGGGCGCUAAGACACCCAAAGCGAGUAAUAGCAACUCCCGUGGAAUCGGUGUUGGAUUUCUUUCUCGUUUCUUCCCUUUCAAUAAAUCGAAUUCAGCCAAUGCCAAUCAGGCGGCCUCUGCAACCAAUCUUACUAGUCUUAAUCGUCCAAAGAUCGCAUAA